AUGGCGCCCCUCCCCCUCCUGCCCUUCCUCCUCCUCCUCCUCCUCCUCCUCGGCCCCGCCCCGGGCCGCCCCUCGGGGGUCCUGGAGCUGCGCGUGCUCUCGGCGCGGGGGGGUCCCGGGGGUCCCUGCGGGGCCCCGCCCCCCCCCUCGUGCCGCCUCCAGUUCCGGCUGUGCCUGCGCCCCCCCGGGGGGCGGGGCUGCGGCCUGGGGGUCGCGCAGAGCCCCCCCGGGCCCCCCCCCGCGCCCGGAGCCCCCCGGAUGCUGCGGCUGCCGCUGGCCUUCCCCUGGCCGGGCAGCGUCUCGCUCGUGGUCGAGUCCUGGCGGCUGGAGGAGAGCGGAGCCCCCGGGCCCCCCCUGCGCCUCGUGGCCCGGGCGGUGUCGAGGCCGCGCCUGAGCCCGGGGGGGCCCUGGCGGGGGGGGGCGGGGGGGGGGCUGCGCUUCGGGGCGCGCCUGCGCUGCCCCUCCCCCCACCCCCGCCCCGCCCCCCGCGGCUGCGCCCCCCCCCGCGGCUGCUGGAGGGACCCCCGGCGGUGUCGGGGGGGUCCCUGCGCCCCCCCCAGCCCCUGCGGCGCCUGCGCGGUGAGUGCGGACCCCCCCCCUCCCCCCCCCAAAACCGGGACCCCCCCCGUGCCCCCGGCCCCGCCCCUCCCGAGGGUCCCGGAGCCCCUUGUGGGGGUCCCGGGGGUCCCCGAUGCCCUCCCGGUGGUCCCGGAGCCCCUCCCGGUGGUCCCGGUGGUCCCGGUGGUCCCGGGGGUCCCGUUCCCGCUGCCGGAGGUGCCGCCCUCCCCCUGCGCCCUCGGGCCCUGCUUCAACGGCGGCGCCUGCGCCCCCGACCCCGGGACCGCCCCCGGGAGCGCCCCCGGGUACAGCUGCCGGUGCCCGCCCGGGUUCCGGGGCUCCAACUGCGAGCGCCGGGCGGAUCGCUGCGAGCCCAGCUACUGCUUGAACGGCGGCCUGUGCCGGGACGCGCAGGGCCUGGCCCCGCUGUGCCGCUGCCCUCCGGGCUUCUCGGGCCGCCGCUGCCAGCACAACGCGGACGACUGCAGCCCGAACCCGUGCGCGCACGGCGGCACCUGCCAGGACGGCGCCAACGCCUUCACCUGCACCUGCACGCUGGGCUUCGCGGGCCCGCGCUGCCGCCGCCGCCACGGCGCCUGCGCGCCCAACCCCUGCGCGCACGGCGGCACGUGCUUCACGCACUUCUCGGGCCCCGUCUGCGCAUGCGCGCGCGGCUUCAUGGGCGAGCGCUGCCAGGAGCGCGCGCCGGGGGCGGCGGCCCCGCCCCCUCCGCCUGGCCCCGCCCCCGGAGCGGGCGCGGGGCGGCCCCGGGGCGCGGCGCCGCUGGCGCUGUGCGCGCUCCCGCUGCUGCUGCUCGCGCCCGGCGUGGGGCUGGCCGUGGCCAGGAGGCGGCGGGGCAGCGGGUGA